UCUGGAAGAGGUCACGUUUUCUCUCCAGUUCUCCUCUCACAGGUUUGAGUAAAAGUCUGUUUUUCUAUUCGGUCACGAUGAAGUUGUUUGGAGCUUUGAUCCUUUUUAUGACUCUGUCUGCGGUAUGUGGACUGAGAUGCUACGUGUGUGCUGGCUACUACUGCAGAGACGAGGCAGAUUGUCCCGUCACCUUUGACCGUUGCUCCACCACUGAUGUGAACGGUUACAUCACCAAGACCUGCACUAACAAUGCUGGAUGUACUGGCAACACUAAGUGCUGUAGCACGGACUUGUGUAACAGCGCCACACCCACUGGUUCCAGUAUCCUCCUCCUGCUGGUGUCCUCAGGCAUCAUCACACUCUUUCUCUGAGGCUAUGGAGCAGCUACAGCUUAAGUAUAUCUGUCAACCCAAAUUGUCAUUGUCAGUUGUCAAAACCUUAACUCAUUUCCAACAUGUAAAAGUUGUAAAUGAUUGCAAGUUAAUGUUUGUUAAAUAAAAACACAAUAUGAUCUGGGGUGACCUCUA